UCCCCCGUCUCCGUCUUCACGACGGCGGCGGCUUACACACUCAUUCUCAGCAAUGACAACAAACGCGCGCCUUGCAGAGGUGCGUAGAAGACCUGGAAACAACGAGCAGGGGCAGGACAAGCCUCCUGUUGCCACGGGUGCGAAAGGGGCCCAGAAGAGAUCGAACAAGAUGACGGGUGGACAGUCUCUCAACCAUCUGCUUAACUUCUCUUUGCCACCAAGGCAGAGCCAUGCCUUUCAGAGCUUACCGAGGCGGAGCAGGAAGACUGCGCCGGGCUAUGGUGUCUGGAAUAAAGAGAAGUUCGUCAAUGCUCAGUACCGGUUCGUCAUGAAGCCCUCUGGCGACUACACUGUCCACUUCGCAGACCCAGAUAUCUUCUUCCAGUGGCAGGACAUUCUCCAGGUUAUCAUACCGCGCACCUCGGCUUUGGCAUCGGCGGCUGGCCGUCAAGAAGAGGGUUUCGGCCAGGAUGAAGGCCAUACUACGUGCCCUAUCUGCUUGUCUCCGCCUGCUGCUCCCAGGAUGACUAAAUGCGGACACGUCUUCUGUUACCCAUGCGUCCUUCAUUAUCUCAGCACAUCUGAUCAUGCAAAGUGGAACCGCUGUCCUAUAUGCUUCGAUUCGAUUAAUGAGAAGCAGCUCAAGUGCGUGAAAUGGUAUGAUGAGUCAAGUACCCAGAUCGAUGUACAGGAGACGUCCCACGAAGCAUCGUCUUCAUCUUCUCAACUAGAUGUUUCUGGCGAUUCGUUCAAACCAGGUUCCACGCUACGCAUGCGCUUGAUGGAGAGACCUCAGAUAACAACGUUAGCUUUACCAAGAUCACGAACGUGGCCGUCUGAUGUCAUCCCUUCGCACCAGGCACCCUUCCAUUUCCUUCCGGACGUUUUUAGAUUCUCACGAUUUAUGCUGGCGACACCUGACUAUCUUCUCUCGCACCUUUCACAUGAUCUGGAUGAACUUGCGUCCGAACGACGCAUUCUCGCGGGAAUGAAGGAUGAUUUGGGUGUGAGCUUCAUAGACUUGGCUGAGUCGAAGGUCAAGCAACAGAUGGAGAAGGCAUCUGCGCUUGAAACUCAAGAGUUGAAGGAUGCAAUAUCGCGAGCAGAGCAAACUUUGCGCGAUAUUGAACGAAGUUACGAGGAUCGGAGAAGACGACGUGCUGAGAGGGAGCGCGAUCCAAACAAUCAGGACAUAGGUUCAGUUCCGGAUGCAUGGCUAGCUGUUCAAAGUAAUACACCUAAGCCCACAUCUACGAAUCGCGGGCAGCGACCUCGGCGAAAUUUGAAUCCUCCUCCUCCCUCGACGUCAACGUAUUACUUCUAUCAGGCUGCUUCUGGUGCUCCUAUCUUUCUGCACCCACUCGAUAUCAGGAUUCUUCUCGCUCACUUCCAAAGUUAUUCCGCGUUUCCUGACAGCAUCUCGGUACGCGUCGAUGCGUCAUCUGAGGGCUCUGUUGAUGCUGAUUUGCGUCGACGAUGCAAGUAUCUUGCCCAUAUGCCUGAGAGUGCAGAUGUCGUCUUCAUCGAAGCAGAUCUAUCGUCGGUUGUGAGUGAAGAGACGCUUCGUGGAUUCGAGGCACCACUUCGAGCACGUAAAGCGAAACGUCGCGAACGAGGCAAAAAAGAGGAUCGAGCUCGUGCACGUGCAGAGGAGAGAGAACGUGAGAAGUUCAGGCUUCCCGUGGCAGGUACUCCUCCAAGCCUUCCUCCAAGUGCUGGUGUCGAUUAUGAUCCGGUUGUAUCGACUCCACUUGAGCGCCCUCCUUCGCCAGAGGAGAUUGUGGUAGAGGUGUCACCACCACCCACAUCGUCGGAAUCGACGCAGUCAGGUGCUUGGGGACAACGAAGCUUCGCAUCCGCUGCCCAGGGUGGACGUACUCAGAGGACCCAGCAAACGCAGGCUCCGCGAGAACCUUCAGAAGAAGAUGAGUGGGAUAUUGAUGCGGCUUGGCAUGAGAUGCAGCACGGAGGCGGUGGGCGGAGGAAGAAGUCUAACAAGAUGGUUGUGAUUGGUGGUAGUGGCGGACGAAGGCGAUGAUAUAAUAAUAAUACUUUUCUUUCUUAGUGGAUACAGAUCACGACACUUGUAACAACAGCAUAUAGUCAGGCAAAUGCUAGUGGUUGACACGUG